ACAGUCGCGCACCGUCUACCCGGCAGUACGGUACGGAGCGGAACGCGCGGGGCGCGGUGUUAUAUUCUAUUCCAUUCGACGUCCGGCACUACUUCGCCGAGAAGCAACAGUUAUGCCCUCGAGGACGAUCGCACCGCUGACCGUCGACCCGCUGCGCUGUUGAACCCAGUCGCGCGUGUGUGCCCGCGUACGUAUGGCGUAUGGCUUACCCUAUGGCAUGGCAUCGCGGAACGUCGCACUCUGCGUCCUCAUCAUCGCCUUCUUCCGCACCAGUCUCGGACAAACGCCACCCAAGUCCGAGAUCCUGCCCGAAUUUCUGGCGCUCUUGGAAAAUCACACGGUCACUCAAGGUCGCGACGUCUCCUUCACCUGCGUCGUUAAUCAUCUCCAGUCUUACAAGGUCGCCUGGAUAAAGUCGGAUUCGCGUGCGAUUUUGGCCAUUCACACGCACAUGGUGGCGCACAACCCUCGCCUGUCCGUCACUCACAACGGCCAUAACACAUGGAAGCUGCACGUGACUAACGUUCAGCCGAACGACUCCGGCACGUACAUGUGUCAAGUUAAUACGGAUCCUAUGAGGAGCCAGACCGGCCACAUGAAGGUCGUGAUACCGCCCGAUAUCAUGGAUCUGGAUGACACCGCGGAUAUGCUAACUGCCAAGGAAAACGGCGAUCUGUUAUUGCGGUGCAGAGCUACCGGUAAUCCGGAACCUGUCGUGGUCUGGCGACGGGAAGACGGCCGAAACAUCACGCUGAGGAACGAGAACCAUACCAAGCAAACAGCGCGGACGUUCGAGGGUGAGCAGCUUCAUCUGCGGGGCAUUCAGCGACAGGAGAUGGGAUCUUAUCUCUGUAUCGCGUCGAACGGAGUGCCGCCAUCGGUCAGCAAGAGAUAUAAAGUCAACGUCCGCUUCAAACCGCUGAUUAAAGUCUCAAACCAGUUAGUAGCGGCGCCCGUCGACAGCGACGUCCUCCUUCAGUGUUACGUAGAGUCCUCGCCGAAGGCUCUGAACACGUGGUACAGAAAUAAUGAAUUACCUCUGAAGACAUCUACUUCGGGGAUCAAACUGCUGAAAGGCGACAAACACAACAUAUCGGAAGUAACUAUCAACGACUAUGCAUAUCAGCUAAAUCUCACUGUCAGACGCCUUGACAAAUCUGAUUUCGGCACUUACACGUGCUCCGCUGAAAACGCUUUUGGAAAAGCGGAGGGAUCCAUAAGAUUACAAGAGCUACACAUAUCCAAAUCGACGACAGUCUCCACGCGAAAUACCGAAAUCAUCGAGAAGCAUACCUGGCGAAAGCAAACGGAGAAGAAAGGAAAGAAAUACUCGUAUAUACACGAUAAAGGGGAGUUAGAGAUAAUUUCGAAGGACGUGAGCCACACGACGCCGAUGUCCAGACGGAAUUCUUCCUCUUUGCCGAAUAUUGCGAACAAGUCGAGGAUCUCUGCGUUUCCGGCACCAGCACCGGCGCACUUGACGCCGACGCAUCUGGGCGCCCAAAAUGGAGUUAAAUCAUCACGCGAUCACACACGAUCAUGUUACGUGUAUUUCGCCAUGGUUAUCUUGGUGAUCUUCGCUCGUAACUAAAACGAAGAGCAAGAUUUUGAUAAAGAUGUUGAGAGCAUUCAGUUACAACGAAAUCGGACCGUAAUUCCUGUUAUUGAAAGACAUCGCAGUGUAAUGGAUGUUGAAAUAAUUUUCUCUGCCAUAUUUUUAUUUAGGUAUUAAAAAAAAAAAAAAACGCGAUGGAGAUGCAUUGCAUCGAGACCAUCAGUAUUUUGCUGUAAAUAAUGAAACGUUUUUAUGACAAUAAAAAAAGAAUGUAGUUACAUAUAUCUGAAAAAUAGACGAUCACGCUGUUAAAAUCGCACGCUUGUAACUGCCAUCAUUAUACAUUCGAUACAGUAUCCGCUAGCUAUUAAUUUUUCAUAACAUAAUACGACAAAUUGACGUACAAUAUUUUUCUGUUUUGAUGAUGGAACACCAUUUUACAUUUUUUUCAAAUAGUAGGCAUUAUUAAACGUAAGAAUUAGGAGAGUCGUUCCGAUUGAUUCGUGUAAUUAUCGCGCGAUUAAUAAAUAAGCGUAUAUGUUGAUACAGUAAUUAAUGAGGGGUCCAUACUAAAAAUCGACUGAAUUCAAAAUUCGUUGGUCUUUAGAAACUGACUGAGUAGAUUCAUUCGUCUCUAGGAAACAGCUGUAUUUAACUCUAACGAAAAUUAUGGCAUGUAUAUAUGUAUGACAAUAAAUGUUGUUUCUACUAUCA